AUGUCUCAAGAGCCGCAAGCCCCCCUCCCGAGCUACUAUGGUGAAAGGACUCCAGAUGGACGCAUUGUCAAGCGUCCGUCAAGUGAGCUCCCGGACAUGACGCCGUUGAAGUCCCCUCCUCCCCGGACCAGCUCUGAGCAGCUGGCUCCCUUGAGCUCCAACGCCAUGAUCCCCGAGAUCCAGUCACCCUCGGAAGUUCUUUCCCAUCAGAACUCUUUUAGCGGCCCUCGUGCGCCCAAUGCCAUUCAGCGUUGGGGUCCUCUCUCAGAUCCUCGUGCUAGUGAACAUGCCUGGAGGAGCACUCCCAGCAAGCGCAGGCUCGGGGACGAGUUUUAUUAUCCAGACUAUCAAGGCCCCGAGCGUAGGCCCUAUCACGACUACGAUGAUGAGCAUCCUCUCCGCCGGAACGGUACAGCUAGUGCCCGAUCGCUAAGAGAGUAUCCCGGCCCCGGCGCCUUGGUCCACCGCAACGUUGCCUACGCCGAGAGGCCUCACGAUGCCCCGUCGCCUCGUGACCCUCGUGUGCCGCGCCAGUAUUCUGAAAACAGUUACGACUAUCCCACCAGUCCCGGCGGCAACGGUUUCCGUGGACCGCCUUCUGACGCGGGAAGAGUGCUUCGUUUGCCCCUGAUAUGGUGGAUGAACUCGGAUGCAAAGAAUCACUUUGUUGCUGCGGUUGGAGAGUUCGUUGGUACCUUCAUGUUCUUGUUCUUUGCUUUCUCCGGCACGCAGGUUGCAAAUAUCGGGUCUCAGGACAACACACAAAACUCAACCACGGGCGAGUCAACUGGCUUCGACGUCAACACUCUGCAGUACAUUGCGCUCGUGUUUGCCUUUUCGCUAAUGGUCAACGUCUGGAUCUUCUUCCGCAUCUCGGGCGGCCUCUUUAACCCAGCUGUCACCUUUGCCAUGGUCAUGGUAAAGGCGGUUUCGAUUCCGCGUGGACUCCUUCUCGUAUGCUCUCAACUGGUCGGCAGCAUCUUCGCCUCGUACAUCGUGUCGGUUUUGUUCCCGACAGAGUUUAAUGUUCGAACCACGCUUUCGGAUGGCACCUCGACAGCACGAGGCCUCUUCAUCGAGGCAUUCCUGACCGCGGAGCUCGUCUUCACCAUAUUCAUGCUCGCAAAAGAGAAGCACAAGGCCACCUUCAUCGCGCCCGUCGGCAUCGGUCUCGCCCUCUUCAUCGGCGAGCUGGUCGGGGUAUACUACACCGGCGGCUCAUUGAACCCCGCUCGCAGCUUCGGACCUUGCGUUGUGAACGGCCAAUGGGAUUCAGAGCAUUGGAUCUACUGGCUCGGGCCGGCCCUGGGCGCCGUCCUCGCGGUGCUGUUCUACGAAUUCAUCAAGAUGCUCGAGUACGAGAUGGCCAACCCAGGCCAGGACGCGGUGCAUGAGGAAGAGGCCAAGCACGAAGCCGAAUCGCUCAAGAACAAGGAGAGCAAGAUCUCGCUGGCCGCGCGCAACCGCGCCGACUCGAUCAUGUCACCGCCCAAGAAGCGGUACACCGGCGACGCGUGA